UUCUGGAGCCUGUUGCCGCUCAGCAGAGAAGCACUGUUUUAUUUAUUUAUUUUUUUGAAGUAGAUUUUUCAACCGAACCCUAGCUGAGCAAGGCUGCUGACUGCUGUAAAUUAUUAGGGAAGACCCCCUGAGCUCUACUGAGAAGAAAUUCCUGUGCAAAUUUGGUUUUUUUCCCCCGUGAAUUGGUCCAGGAAUUGCACCACCACCGAUUCUCGUCAUGGCUGCUCUGUUGAUCUGAACAAGAAAAGCAAACCACAGGAAACUGACAGUAUUUUUUUUCCUUAAAUAUUCAUCUGCUGGUGAAGGGUCCCCUCUUUUUUCUUCCUACUUAAAAAUUCUUGCUACUUUCCAAAUCAGGAUUCAUCAGGAUUCGCCUGGAGACUUCUUAAAAAGCCUUCGUCACAUUUUAACGCAUCCCUGUCAGACACUUCUGGGCUUCAUCCACAUGAGCUGAGCAAGGAAAGAACAAGCCUUUGGCAUGGACUGAUGGGUUCCAGAAAGUUCAAGAGAUCAUUUGAAGGAGCUGGCUUUACCUUUGGCACAAAUGCGAGCUGGGGAGGGGGUAGGUGAAAAGGCAAAGAUUGGAAGGAAAUAUCUGCGAAGGUAGAAAAAGGAAAUUUGAGAACUGAUUGGCUCUAGUUGCUGUCAGCGGGUGGAUGUCGUUUUCUUCUCUCUCUUUUUGCUACAGGAAGUGAUUUGCGGAGCUCACCGAGCCUUUGUUGAGAAGGGUCUCCUCAGAGUGAGUCACGCUUUUUCUGGGAGCAGCCCCGUGCAGCUGGGCGCUCGCUCCAUCAGCGGCAACUAUGACUUUUGCAAGGCAAGGGUUCCACCCCAACCCGCGGUCUCCAGGGCCCGCGCUGCGUGGCUGCUGCUCUGCUGCCUUGUAACGGUGAAAGGGCUCAAUCGUCGGCCUCGUCUGUCCCUCUCCGGAAAGGCUGUCCUGGGACCCGGGCUCCUAGUCCCGCUCGGGGCACCGCGGCUCGUGUGCUAUGCGCGGCAGUCCGCGCCGGGGCCGGCAGCAGCAGCGCCCGGGUGGAUGCGGCGAGCCCACGGAGGGGCAUGCUUCCACGCACCAAGUACAACCGCUUCAGGAAUGACUCGGUGACAUCGGUCGAUGACCUUCUCCACAGCCUGUCCGUGAGCGGCAGCGGCGGCAAGGUCUCGGCGGAGCCCGCGGCGAGCCCCUACCUGGUGUCGGGCGAGGCGCUGCGCAAGGCGCCGGACGAUGGGCCCGGCAGCCUGGGCCACCUGCUCCACAAGGUGUCCCACUUGAAACUCUCCAGCUCCGGCCUGCGUGGCCUGUCGUCGGCUGCCCGGGAGCGGGCAGGAGCGCGGCUCUCGGGCAGCUGCAGCGCGCCCAGCCUGGCGGCCCCGGACGGUGGCAGCGCGACCCCCGGGUCCCGUGCCCCGGCCGCCAGCAUGAGCGCCAGCAGGAAGAGCCGGGCCAGCGACGAGCCGUUGCCCAGGCCCCCGCGGGGCGCGCCGCACGCCAGCGACCAGGUGCUGGGGUCGGGAGUCACCUAUGUGGUCAAGUACUUGGGAUGCAUCGAAGUUCUGCGCUCAAUGAGGUCUCUUGACUUCAGUACAAGAACUCAGGUUACCAGGGAAGCCAUCAGCCGUGUCUGCGAAGCUGUGCCAGGCGCCAAAGGAGCCUUCAAGAAGAGAAAGCCUCCGAGUAAAAUGCUGUCCAGCAUCCUGGGGAAGAGCAACCUCCAGUUUGCAGGGAUGAGCAUCUCCCUGACCAUCUCCACCGCCAGCCUGAACCUGCGCACUCCUGACUCCAAACAGAUCAUAGCGAACCAUCACAUGCGGUCCAUCUCCUUCGCCUCAGGGGGAGACCCGGACACAACAGACUAUGUUGCCUACGUCGCUAAGGACCCUGUGAAUCGCAGAGCUUGCCACAUUCUGGAAUGCUGUGACGGGCUAGCCCAAGAUGUCAUUGGCUCCAUCGGACAAGCCUUUGAACUCCGGUUCAAGCAGUAUUUGCAGUGUCCUUCCAAGAUUCCUGCUCUCCAGGACCGAAUGCAGAGUCUGGAUGAGCCGUGGACUGAAGAAGAGGGAGAUGGCCCCGAUCACCCGUACUACAACAGCGUUCCCAGCAAGAUGCCUCCUCCAGGAGGGUUUCUUGAUGCUCGAUUGAAAGCCAGACCCCACGCUCCUGAUACAGCCCAGUUUGCAGGAAAAGAGCAAACUUAUUACCAGGGAAGACACUUAGGAGAUGCAUUUGGUGAAGACUGGCAGAGAGCACCCACCAGGCAAGGCUCCUUGGACAUCUAUAGCACACCAGAAGGGAAAGCUCACAUGGUUCCUGUAGGAGAAACACCAACCUAUGUCAACACCCAGCCAGGCCCACCACAGGUUUGGCCAGCAGCAACCAGCAGCACUGAGAGCAGCCCACGGAAGGACCUCUUUGACAUGAAGCCUUUUGAAGAUGCCCUCAGAAACCAGCCCCUGGGCCCUGUGUUGAGCAAAGCUGCGUCUGUGGAGUGCAUCAGCCCCAUCACACCCAGAGCCCCGGACGCCAAGAUGCUGGAGGAGCUUAAUGCUGAGCCCUGGUACCAAGGAGAGAUGAGCAGGAAGGAGGCAGAGGCUCUACUACAGGAAGAUGGAGAUUUCCUAGUCAGGAAGAGUACCACCAACCCCGGCUCCUUUGUCCUCACGGGCAUGCACAACGGCCAGGCCAAGCACCUGCUGCUGGUGGACCCGGAAGGCACGAUCCGGACGAAGGACAGGGUCUUUGACAGCAUCAGUCACCUCAUCACUUAUCACCUGGAGAGCAGCCUGCCCAUUGUCUCUGCUGGGAGUGAGCUUUGUCUCCGGCAACCAGUGGAGAGGAAACCCUGAGCUUGCCCUGCGCCCAGGUCAGGAGGACCUGGGCUCCGCUGCUCUCAGCCUAUGGGAACUGGGGCAACUGUCUGUGGGCCCAUCACCUUCUUCAAAAGCCCCGAGAGAGAGGUUUCCUUCAAGUUCAAAUUUCAUAAAUAUGUUCACACGACUCAGAUGCAUAGUAGAAAUGUAUAUUCCCACACAUCCUGUACAAACGGCCCCCAUAUUUAUAUUUUUUAAGACUAAGGAAGAUGUGAGAUUAGCGCUCUAUGCCGUAUGUUUCUAGGGAGAGGCAAGUCGGACGGUAGUUGCUCUGGCAAAAGCUAUUCACUAACCUCUAUUCUACUGGGAAAUUCAGCUAGGAGGGUGUAACCUGCAGUUGUACGUAAUCAACACAAUUUGGGGCGAAUGCAGGUGAGCUUAGCAGUUCCAGGACAAACACAGUUGAGAUAGAAUAUGGCAGCGUGCUGCCCAGACAUCUGCUCUGAGGGUAGUUUGGUGUGAGUGCUAGUUCCAGGCGGCAGCUCGGCUCACGGACGGUGGUAUCUCCCCUGGGAUGGUGGUACCUCCUGCAGCCCUGGCUUGCUGGGUGCGCCUCCCGGGCCCAAUUGAUGCUGUGUGAAUGGGUUUUCUGCCACAGGAUGACCCACUGAAUCUCUAUUUCAAAGCGGGUGGCUCAUGGUGUGUGUGUGUGUGUGUGUGUGUGUGUGUGUGUGUGUGUGUGUGUGUUUGGGAGAUUCAUUUGAAGCCAAACAUGAUACUGAUUGACAAGUGCUUCCUCGGUGUUCGUCAGCACACUGAUGACACGACUGUCUUAGGAAGCAGGGUAUGCGUAUUCCUGGUCUGUAUGCCCUUCAAGCUUUCUGUCUGUCCUUCAAACCAGUGUGUCCAUCAUGGGCUUGGUAUGAAGUGCCCCCCCCCACUACCUCUCGUAUUCAGUAGAACGAAAACCAUGUGUAAGAGCCUUGAAAGACCUGUACCAGCGUCUGCCCAGGAUUGAGCCUUGGAGACACACACCCCAGCUGUUCUUCCCGGGUCUGUGUGUGCCCAGCCUUAUGCUCCAGUCUCUGGAACCAGCUGGAGAGAGGCGUAGCGAGCCACCUUGUCUCCCCUCCACACUUUCUCAGUAGCCCCAUGAAAAGGGACGGAGCAGUGACCCUCUGCCUUUUCUCUCUACCAUCUGAGAAGCUGUUGUUUUCCUGGCGGGUGAUACUCUGUUGUUAUUUUCUUGGUGGGUGAUACUGUGUUUCAAAGCUGGCUAUGUCCAUGACUUCUAAAACAAGUGGGCUGUGGAGCAGAUGAUGCAUUUGUUGCCUGUGGUAACCUCCUCACAGGACUGCAACCUGAGCGUUAGUCCCAGAGACCCCAUGUGGUAGCACUCCUGGCCCGUUUAACAGGACUGUAUGUUUUAGGGUGGUGCGAUGAAAAAUUGGAUGUUUUUAAGAGGAAUUAUGUUUUCCUGUGUGUGUUUGUGUGUGUAUUGU